AUGACAGGCAUUAUGGUCGAUAUAUUGGCACCAGCCUUGACAUUCCCUGAUACAUUGUCACAAUCAGAGAUUAUCAAUGGCACAUGUGUCUCACUUGGUCUCGCCGAAGAUCAAGUCGAAUUCCUCUCACUUGGCGAUGCACACCUCGCAUGUUUAAUUAAGAAUAACAAGUUCUCAUUAGACUUUAUUGAAUCAUUAUAUCAACAGAAUGAAUUGUUACAAUAUAGAUUCGAGAAGAGUACCGAAGCAUUGUCUGUGUUGCAAGAGACGUUGAUGCAGACUACACAUCAACUACAGGAGAAACAGAAUGUUAUAAUACAACAACAUCAGACAAUGUCAUUGUUGUCGCUGAAGGAGCGUCAGUUGUCUGAGGAGCUCAAUCAGUGGAAGAACAAAUACGAGGAGGAGUUGUACAAGCGAAAGAAGAAUGAGAAGAGGAUCGAGCGCAUGAGGAUGCCAAAGACGACAAACAUUGGCGCGCAGCCUAUGUACCUGCUGAACUCGCCAUCGACCAGCACGACCACGCUGACCGUCACCUCAUCCACAUCGUCUUCAUCGUCCGCAGCGGCAGCAGCAUCAGCAGCAGCAUCGUCUGCCGCGGCAUCAACAUCCAUGUCACCAUACUUGGAAAGAGAACUAGAGCGAAACAAAGACAGAGAGAUGGAGUAUCAGAAUGAGCGACAGAUGAUCGAGCAGGUUGUCGGCAAGUCUGUAACUCGCUCGCCUUCAAUCUCACCAUCGACUUCAUCCACCUCAAUCUUGGCACUUGGUGGUAGCAACAGCAGCAUCAACAUUAUCAACACUCCUACAUCAUCGGCUUCUUCAUCAGCUGCAGCGGCGGCAACGGCGGCAACAGGUCACAUUGGCAAUAUACAUACCACUACAACAACUACAUCUACAUCAUCAACACCUAUUAAGCUCAAUACUAGUAAUAAUAACAACGCAUAUCCAGCAUCACCUCCACCAGUACUUCUAAUAGAUCAGCAUGCCGAUAGAAAGAUGACAAUGUUAACAUCGCCACCACCACAACAACCAAAGCCACAACAACUACAACAGACACCUCAACAACAUCAAUCACCAAUCAGAUUCCCAGUUCUAAAGAAGACCAAUGGCAUCACAGACUCACCAUCCACUCCAAAGUCCUCCAAUCAUCAUCUACACGCCAACAACGCCAACACAACUCCUAUGACAGAUAUAUUGAUCAAUUGUCGUUUGUGCACCUGCAGUAUGUUCAGAGAGACACAACUCAAAUGGGUAUGCGAAUGCGGACACUUUGGAAUCAAACAUCAUCACUACGACAAGACACUGAGUCCACGCACUGCAACCAUGUCCAAUGGCAUGCCAUUGGAGUCUCCAAUCAAACAACAACAACAAUAG